UUGACGCAUCUUCGCCUGUGGAGGCGAGUGUACUUCCUUGAGUCCAGUAAUUUUGCGAAUAAUUUUUUUUUUUCUGUGAUAUUUUUCUGGCGGUGCGGAUGACAGUCCGUGGCGGAGAGAGACACCUUUCAUGUAGCGGAAACUCUGGCAGACUGGACUCCAUGGAGGUCGUCGACAGCCCGCUCAAUCUGGCUCAUCAGCAGUGCAGGAAGGCUGACCGCCUGCUUGCAGCUGGGAAAUACAAAGAGGCCAUCACCUGCCACGGAAAAGCAGCAGAUCUUUUGACAGAUGCAAUGAAGACGACAGAGUGUGAGCAGGCUCGUCUGUCCAUGGAGCUGCAGAGGGACAGUCACGUCAAACAGCAGCGACUCAUCCAGGAACAGUGGAAGAGAGAAACCCGUCGGAUGGCGACCAAGGCUCAAGCAGACCAGGCUCAGGCCUCCACCAACCCUGUACUGCUGACCCAGACCCCGUCCCUGGGCCUGAACCAGUCUCAGGUCUCCUCUGGCCCGUCCGCCGCUGCAGGGCCCAGGGAGAGGGAGUACGACACCUUACUAUACCAGCUCCAGACCCGACAGGCCGGAAGCUGCCCACCUUUGACCCCACUCUGCCCCGGAUCCAAGACCACCAAAGAUGAUAAAACCCGCUUGGAAGAACAACAGACCACCAUCGAGGACCUGCGGCGCCUCGUCGAGCACCUGAUGGAUGAAAAUCAGCGCCUUUCUGCGGAGAUCGAGCGGCUGCGGUCAGAAAACACCCGGCUGCGCUCAGAGGCGGUGGAGGCGGUGGAUUUUGUGGAGCGUUCAGAGCUUUGGGUCCUCCCACCGGCGGGCGGCGCUAUGGGGACGGGGGUCGGACAGGAGAGGAAGAGCACAGGGAAGGGGAAGGAGAUUGCAAUUCCUCAGCUGCCGCCGCUGGAGAUGCCGGCUCAGGAAGACCUGUGUCUGGACGACCUGCCCCCUCUGGAGCUGCCAGAGGACAUCCAGAACGAACUGCUGCAGGAGCUACUGGACAGGGACAAACUGUGACGGGGACACACACACACACACACACACACAGGGGUCAGUCUGAUUAGACCUCUGAAUCCGAACCAGUGGAAUCAUACAGUCCCUGAUAGGGAUGGGAAUCGAGAACCUGAUCCCAGUAGCUUGAUUCCUUGGAAUUGUUUGCCUGCCUGCUUAAGGAUUCUGCUUAUCGAUUCCGCCUUCGUUGCGCAUGCGCGAUGACGUGAUGCAUA